GGGGGGCAUGAUGGUGGACGGAGCGGGUGCCGUGGCGAUAGGGUUGACGAGCAUGUGGACGACGAUUUUAUGCUCCGUGGUCGCUACGUUUUGAAGCGGUUGAGACACGGGGGUAGGCGGGAUGACAGUAUUGCGUCUUGUGUACGCAGACGUCGUGUCCACAUUGCGAUCGACACGGGGGCACGUGACAUGCGGCAGGACCCGGUUGCCGUGUCAGAGGACGAGAUGGGAGAUCCUUCCAACGAGACGCAGCGCGACCCGGUUCAUGCAGAGAAGCUAGCCUCGAACACUGAUGUGAUAGUGACGGAGGAGGAUACAGGGUUCAGGAUCACUCAUAUCCGGUCGCCAGCGCCGGUUGUUAGCACAGAGGAGGAGACGGAGUUCGGAGGACCCGGUCCACUCCGCCAGGCGCAGACUCGGUGCACUCCAGCAGGCACCCCAGUCCACUCCACAAGAGCGGGUUUGGAGGACGGCGAGGCACGAUGUGAGCCGCCUCCUCACACGAGUGACGGGGGUCUAGAGGAGGGAGAGGUUGCACCCACUCCCACUUGUGGAAARGACGGGGAGGACGAACGUCCUCCGACGGACCACCACGUCGGCCUCGACUGCCYGCCCGACAGUCUUCCGCCCACCGACGAGCUAUUCACCAUGGAUUCCGCCUUGGCAUCUCURCCCGAUAUAUCGCUACUGAUAUCUCCCACUUUGCCGGUUGUGGCACCACCGGAGCCUGCUAGACGAGAUGACGCGCGUCGUGACAGAGGGUUCGACGAGUUCGGCGGSGACACGAUACUGCAUCCUCCAGAGUCCGGCACUCCCGCCAUUUUUCAUGUCGGUGCACCGUGGGCGGUGGAGCAGGGGUUGGCGGAGGAGGUAGCACGGAACCGUCGUGGUGGACCGCACGUCGCAGCUCAACGUAGUCUGAAAGGUUCACUAGAGGCAGCGUCUGGAGAUUUUUUGGUGCAGGGGGAUCAUGGUUCGCAGCUGUUAUCGGACGGCGUGUCAUUAGUCCAUCCACCAGAGAAGGGCCCGCAGCAAGAGCCACAUCGAGGGCCAGUGGAGACUUUAGAGGCGAGGCCUCUCGGAGUUAUCCGCUCGGACGGAGGCGAGGGCGUGAGCGAGGAUACAGCACAGCCAGGGAGCGUAGAUGGUGGACGGUCCUUCAGGGGGGGCAUCAAGCGCAGAGGGUCAUCGACCACACACCCCAGCAUUGUCAGGCCCAACAUACAUGACGUUGGAGACGAGCACACAGAUGAGCCUCGACCGCAUUUGACGGGGAUGCGUGACAUUAUGUGUCCACCACCCUCACGCCCCUCUCCCGCUGAUCCUGCCGCCCACGGGCUGGCCGCGCCGAGCGCAUUGCCUACGAGGUCUUUCUACGACGGUGUGGGCAUGGAACAGAGGGUGGGCGAUAUCGGACAGACAUCAGCAUAUGGACCGGCAGAUGUGCCCACGGGGGCGCGAUCGAUCGGCAACGUCGAUGGCACUUGUCAUGAUUCCAUGAGAGCUUACGAGGAGCAGCAUGGGAGGCCUAUACGGGCCAAGACGAGCGACGUCAACGACACCAGGACGGCAACUGCGAGGCUGUCACGGGCGAGGAAGAAGGGAACAGGUGUGUCGAUUCCGUAUCACCGGCGCCGCCUGCAUCCUUUUUUCCGCAACAGGGACGAGACCAGACAGAUGCCAGCUGCCGCAGAUGGACAGGGGGGGCGGAGGGAGGUGACAGAGUGGACGAAGCAGGUCGAGCACUAAAAGAAAUAAUUAGUGCCUUCCUACCGUUGGUCGCGAGAGAAGCGGCUUACGGAACCCGCGCAGUCAUGCAUUGAUCGCGUUGGAGUUCUGAGGGAUCAACCCGCGACUCAGUUUCAGCGGACUUCAUUAACAAAAAUACGAGGCGCCUAGCUUUUUCGAGGCUGCCAUACCGACUAUCGGUUAAUGUCGUGCAACAUAAGGCAUAUGGCAUGCACAGUGCACAAAUCUAAACACUCUUGCAUUCUCGAACAAAAUCCAAUCGAACGC